CCGGGGAUGGGCCAGAUUGGGAAGGGCGGUACGGGGGUGAGACUUGGUGUUGGUGUUUUGGAACAUCAAAGAUGGACAGGGUUUUCGCGGAGGUCGCUCCUCGGAUAUCUCCACAACUACAGGUCGGGGAUCUUCCAAAAUCGAGAAGAUUGGUGCAUAUGGCUAGGUCACUUCACCUUACAAUUUGUAUGGCACUCUGGCCCGGGGUUGUGGUGUGGUAGGGGAGAACGGGGGAUAAUCCCACACAGGAGCUUUGAACAAUGUCCGGUUCACGUUUGGCUGGAUAACUCCACCACCACACAGGGUAUGCGGUCGGCGAUGGGGUCAGAAUGCUCGUAUGAUCGAGGGCUUUUCGAUGGAUCUAUCGGCGGGUUCUUAUUCGAAAAAUCGAGCGAGUUCGUGGUGGAGCGGUUGUAUAUCAGACUAUUAAAUAGAGAGAGAGAUCUAUUCUUUCAGGCUAUAACAUAG